AUGUCCCCGCUGGGCCCACUGCUGCUGGUCCUCGCCCUGGUGGCCGUCCCCGGCGUCCGAGGCGCCUGCCCAGUGGCUGCCGACCUCAAGAACCCCGAUGGGACGCGGACGUGCGCCAAGCUCUACGACAAGAGCGACCCUUACUACGAGAACUGCUGCGGAGGCGCCGAGCUGGCCAUAGAGCCGGGCACCGACCUGCCCUUCCUGCCUUCGGACUGGAGGAACGUCGUCUCCUCACUCGUGGUGGCCCCGCGCUGCGAGCUCACCGUGUGGUCCCGCCGCGGCAAGGGCGGCAAGUCUCACAGGUUCACCGCUGGCGCCUACCCGCGCCUUGAAGAGUACCGCCGGGGCAUCUUCGGCCACUGGUCCAACGCCAUCUCCUCCAUCUACUGCAGGUGUUACUGAAGCCUUAGAAGUUCCUCAUCUCCAGCCCCCACAGAGCGCUGAGCCCUUCACCUGGCCUUGUUGCUGGGGCCCGCUGAAGGUCCCAAGCCCCAAACGGACAGA